CACAGACGAAAGAGAAACAAGGUCACUCGAUCAGCUGCGGACAGAGAAAAAGGCACGUUCAUCCUUUUCCUCUCUCGCCUUCGCUUCUUCAUCCUCCCCUCGUCAUCUCUCUUCGCCGCCUCCUGCCUAUAUUAGUCCAUCUGACCUCCGCCCCGGAUCCUGGUCCGUUUUUCUGUACCAUCCUAGCGCCCACCUGUGCGCAUCUGCAACAUCAGUAGCAACACUGUAACUCCCUACCUGGGUAAUUUUCUCACACCGCUUACUACCUUGAUCCUCGAUCCUCCUUACACCUGUGUUUGCUAUCUGUGUUUUUCUCUGCUACGCCAGUCACCAUGUCGGAGGGCAAAGCGCAGCCUCCUAAGGCACCUGUGGUGGCCGAGGCUCACGAGGUGGACACAUUCCAUGUCCCGAAACCCUACUUCAAAAAGGGCCCUGGAAAGGCCCACAUCAAGGACCUCGACGAGUACUGGUCAAUGUACAAGGAGUCGAUUGAACAGCCAGACAAAUUUUGGGGAAAGAUGGCUCGCGACCUUCUAUCGUGGCAGCAAGAUUUCCAGACGGUACACACCGGGUCUUUGCAGAACGGUGACAAUGCUUGGUUCUUGGAGGGUCGUUUGAACGCUAGUUAUAACUGCGUUGAUCGUCACGCCAUCAAGAACCCCGACAAGCCAGCCAUCAUCUACGAGGCUGAUGAGCCGAGUGAGGGCCGCACCCUAACCUACGGCGAACUCCUUCGCGAGGUAUCCAGGGUCGCAUAUACCUUGAAACAGAUGGGUGUGAAGAAGGGCGACACCGUUGCCCUCUACCUCCCCAUGAUUCCCGAGGCUGUUAUCUCUUUCCUCGCUGUCACACGUAUCGGCGCAGUUCACUCGGUGGUUUUUGCUGGUUUCUCAUCUGGCUCGUUAGCCGACCGUAUCAUCGACGCCGAUUCCAAAGUCGUCAUCACAACGGAUGAAGGGAAACGUGGCGGAAAAUUGAUCGGCACCAAGAAGAUUGUGGAUGAAGCUCUCAAGAAGUGCCCAGAUGUCAGUCACGUUCUGGUUUACAAGAGGACCGGUGCAGACGUGCCCUGGACCAAGGGCAGAGAUUUUUGGUGGCACGAGGAGGUUGAGAAGUACCCCAACUAUAUCGCACCCGUGCCCAUGAACUCUGAAGAUCCUCUGUUCCUCCUCUACACUUCUGGUUCGACAGGCAAACCUAAAGGUGUUAUGCACUCAACUGCUGGGUAUUUGUUGGGUGCUGCGACUACCGGUAAAUAUGUCUUCGAUAUUCACGAUGACGACGUCUUCUUCUGUGGUGGCGACGUGGGUUGGAUCACGGGACACACGUAUGUCGUGUAUGCUCCGUUGUUGCUGGGUGUAGCCACGGUCGUAUUCGAAGGUACGCCCGCCUAUCCGAACUUCUCCCGCUAUUGGGAUGUCAUCGACAAGCACAGCGUCACCCAAUUCUACGUUGCGCCAACUGCCCUUCGUUUACUCAAGAGAGCCGGUGAUGAGCACAUCCACCAUAAAUUGCACAAAUUGCGAGUGCUUGGUUCCGUCGGUGAACCCAUCGCUGCUGAGGUCUGGAAGUGGUACUUUGAGUCUGUAGGUAAAGAGGAGGCACACAUUGUCGAUACAUACUGGCAGACUGAGACCGGUUCACAUGUCAUCACUCCUCUGGGUGGUGUUACUCCGACGAAACCCGGUAGUGCUUCUCUACCAUUCUUCGGUAUUGAGCCUGCCAUCAUCGAUCCCGUUUCUGGUGAAGAAAUCCAGGGCAACGACGUUGAAGGUGUUCUGGCAUUCAAGCAAGCCUGGCCCAGCAUGGCACGCACCGUCUGGGGUGCCCACAAGAGAUACAUGGACACGUACCUGAACGUGUACAAGGGAUACUACUUCACUGGCGAUGGUGCCGGCCGCGACCACGAAGGUUACUACUGGAUUCGAGGCCGUGUCGAUGAUGUUGUCAAUGUUUCGGGCCAUCGACUGUCCACCGCUGAGAUUGAAGCUGCCUUGAUCGAGCACGAUGGUGUUGCUGAGGCCGCAGUUGUCGGUAUCAACGAUGAGUUGACUGGCCAGGCAGUCAAUGCUUUCGUGUCCUUGAAGGAUGGCAUAGAUCCGGGUGAGGCCACACGCAAGGAUUUGAUCUUGCAAGUCCGAAAGCAGAUUGGCCCAUUCGCAGCACCCAAGGCGAUCUUCAUCGUUGAUGAUCUUCCUAAGACACGAUCUGGCAAGAUCAUGAGGAGAAUUCUAAGAAAGAUUUUGAGUGGCGAGGAGGAUAGCCUUGGUGAUACGUCAACCCUCAGCGACCCAAGCGUUGUUGACAGAAUUAUUGAGACAGUCAAGUCUUCGAGGAAGAAGUAGUUUGCUCAUGGCGCCCAUUGGAUAUUUUGUCGAUACCCUCAGUUAAGACGAAGCUCACGGGGAGAGACGAGGAAUAUUUUGAUAGUCGCGAAUAUACCAGAACAGUAAAUCUCGAAUGUAUUGAUGGGCAAG